AAGGCAAGAUUAUACAUAGUCACCAUGCCACCUCGUAGAUAUACAUUUGGGAGAGGUGAUGAAGUAGCUCACCCGGAUACCAUCAGAGCCACCUUAGCUGAAUUCAUCUCCACUCUCAUCUUCGUCUUCGCCGGCGAAGGCUCUAUCCUCGCUCUAGACAAGGUAUACAAGGCUACAACCACAACACCUUCUGAUCUGGUGGCGAUAGCACUAGCACAUGCGUUGGCGCUUUUUGCAGCUGUGUCGGCGAGUAUCAACAUCUCAGGUGGCCAUGUCAACCCUGCUAUUACCUUUGGUGCUCUUCUUGGAGGAAGAAUCUCUGUCCUCCGUGCCGUUUAUUACUGGAUUGCUCAGCUUCUGGCUGCUAUUGUGGGUACUCUCUUGUUGAGACUUGUCACCAACGGCAUGAGACCAGUGGGAUUUUGGGUAGCAUCUGGGGUUGGAGAGGGACAUGGACUUGUGCUAGAGAUUGUGUUAACAUUUGGUUUGAUGUACACAUUCUAUGCAACAGCAAUUGAUCCCAAGAGGGGAAGCUUGGGGAUCAUUGGACCUCUGGCCAUUGGGUUCAUAUAUGGAGCAAAUGUUUUGACAGGAGGGCCAUUUGACGGAGCAGCCAUGAACCCAGCAAGAGCAUUUGGUCCAGCACUUGUUGGGUGGAGAUGGAAAAACCAGUGGAUCUACUGGGUUGGUCCUUUCAUUGGAUCAGGGCUAGCAGCACUCAUAUAUGAGUACAUGGUGAUUCCAACAGAGCCCCCACAUCACACUCACCAGCCCUUGGCUCCUGAAGAUUACUAGUUUUUCUAUUGUAACUUUUGCACAUGAAUGCUUUGUUUUGCUUUUUUCUUUGAUUUGUCAUCUUGCAUCUCGUAUCUUCUUUCUCUGUACUUUAUCUCUUCAAUUGGGUCGGUAGCUUCCGAGUCUGUCCACUUUGUGCAACUGUUAUCCUGCGUCAUGACAAUAAAAAUAAAA